AUGCCCCAAUCUGACUCUGAGGAGGAUUUCACCAGCCACAUUGGUGCCAUUGAUGGCGGCAAUGAUUCUCAAGCUGACAAAGGGACUCAUGGAGAUAGCUCUGACUCUGGAAGUGACCUCGAGCAGAUGCAGAGGGCCCUCCAUGUCCCAGGUCCCACUGCAGAUGUGCAAGAGUUGAGAAAGGCACUUUCCUUUGUACAAGAGGCUUAUUUUGAGAUGCGGAACGAGCUUCGAAGCGUACGCAGGGAUUAUGUAGCCCUUCAAGCUACAGUCCCUGCUCGAAGUCGCAAUCAUACCACAAAGGCACCCUCUGAACUCGAUAAAUCCAUUGCCAAAGCUGCCAAGAAGUAUAUGAUGUUCUACAAUUUCUGGAUCGACGAUUCAAUUUUCCCGACAAUUCGAAAACCAAACAUCGAUCCCCGCAGCCCCAUGCGUUGGUCAUCCCCUCAAGCGAUGGCUGAUGGGACAGUUGAAGAAUUGUAUGAGGCGGUUCCAAAAGAACUCCAUAAGCAGAUGGAGACAUACCAAGCGUUCAAGACUGUAUUUCGUCACCAUGUCAAUACAGAACAUUCUAACCUGCUCAAAGCAGUUAAAGAUAGUGCUUCCAUUGUCUUCUCAUCUUUGAAACUUCCUGUCGAUAUCUUUUCAGAGUCUCUCCAAGAUUCAAAGGCUACCAGCAAGGAUCUUCUCAUUUUGUUGAAACUCCCAGAAAAUGUUGAACUCAAUGACAAGUAUGAACGUCUUGCACCAGUUCUGUUCACCGAUCCACACAACAUGACCUCAGACAUGAUUUUCAAGAGUGUGGUACUUGUCAAAAUGGCACGUCUUCUGUUGAAGGGGAAGAGUUCACUGCUUGGCACAAAGAAAAGGGGAGGGCCAAAGCCUAGAGGGGAAAUUAUGAAGGUCAAUAGCAUCACCGAGGGAAUGAUCGCUAGUUUCACCGUCAUGGCACGCUACUUGCUCACUCAUGACACAGAACUCAAUGUGGAAGGAAACCACACAAAGAUUCGAUAUCAUGAUGAUUUCAAUUUUUAUGUCCGGCUACUCUUCAAACAUAAUAAAUGGUCACGGGAAGUCAUGCAGUUCUUUAAUGACGAUUUAUUUGGGCCACAGCCUCCCCAUCAACCACUGCAGUUUGAGCCUACUCACUUAGCUCCUCAGCCACAUAACUGGGAAGAUGACACAAAAGCGAGACAAAAGCAGCAUCUAACAAAUCAGCGUCCUUCUCGAUGA